GACCAGACGAAGACGAAGGAGUUUAUACACUAAAAUCGGAUCAUUUGAUUCUCGAUACACCAUCAAUAAGUAUUGUUCCUGAAGAAAAGAAACCUCAAAAUGAAACUGUAACAAUAGAAGAAGAAGAAGAAACUAUCACGAUUACACCAGAACAACAAAAGCCAGAAACUAGCGUUCAAGAAACAGAGACCGUAGAAACUGUUGUCGAAGUUGAACAGCCUAAAACAAUUCAACAAGAAAUGCCAGAACAUGAGGUUGAAGAAAAUACUACAGUUACAUUAACAAUCGAAAAACCUCAACAAACCGCAACAAAUGAUGUUCAUCUAUUUAAAGAUGGUCAAGAAGUUAAACCAUCUGAACAUAUUCAAUUAACAUCGACGUCACCCACAACAACUGAAGUUCAAAUUAUUAAAGCUAAACCAGAAGAUGAAGGAGAAUAUACUGUAGUCAUUGAUAAUAAAGAACAACCAUUGAUGAAACUUAAAGUUCAUCCAAAACCUGUUGUUCGACAACAGAUGCAAUUACCAAAAACACAAUUCAAUGAAAAAGAAACUCUCACGAUUGUUUGUCAAUUUGAUGCAACACCUGAAGAACCAUUCAUUCUUCUUCACAACGAUAAACCAAUUGUUGCAGAUUCUCGUAUAACUACUACUGUUGAAGACAAUAAAUACACAAUAGUAGUCAAAGAUCUUCGACCAGAAGAAGAUGAAGGAGUUUAUACACUAAAAUCAGAUCAUUUAAUUCUUGAUACACCAUCAAUAAGUAUCGUUCCUGAAGAAAAGAAACCACAAACUGAAACUGAAAUAGUCGAGGAAGAAGAAACAGUGACUGUUACAGUGAACCAACCAGAAACCAAAGAAGUUAUCGAAGAAGUUAUUGAAGAAAUAAAACAGGAACCAAAGAAGAAGCCAGAAAUGCCUAUACAGGAAGUCGAAGAAAUGAGUACAGUUACUUUAACUAUCGAGAAACCACAAAAUACAACAACAAAAGAUGUUGUCUUACUUAAAAAUGGAGAGCAACUGAAACCUUCCGAUCAUGUUAAAAUAAAAUCAAUAUCACCCACAACAAC